ACUUGAAAAAGCACUAAAUUAAAAUAGUUUGCUGUUAACAUUGUAGAGGGAAUCCUUCGGAAAUAUUUUAAUCUUCAGUGUUCCAAUGUGCUCAUUUGUUGACACAAAAAAGAACUAUACAGAAUGUCAAAAAUCUUUAAUGCAAGGGAAACAAUUUUCAAAGCACUUUGUUUCAGAAUGGUCAGACAAUGAGGAAAUGCAUUCAGAUUGUUGUGAACAAGUGACUAAGCAGAAAUUCUUGUAUUAUGUACAUAAGUUGUUGAUACUUUUAGAAAUAUUAACCGUGAGCAUCACAUUUUUGAGUCCUUUCCUAAUACUGACCUUACCAAACAUUCAUCCAUCUUGGUGGUUUUCACUUCUUUCAUCUUCAGCUCCGCCAUCAACCCCAUCAAUAUCACCAAGAAGGGUUAUGCAUAUACGCAGUAAAAUAAAUGCAAAUCCUGUGAUUUCUCGUCGAAUGGAUAGAAGAACUGAAGUUUACUAUGAAGUGAAAAUUAUUGAAAUGUGUACAAAACUAUUUUUAUUAUCUUUGUGUUCGAGUUAUAUAUACGCAACACGGUUUAAAGAACUAUUAUUUUGCAUGCACAAUAGAAAAACUUUCAUAUCAUAUUCACGUCUAACUGGAUACAAACGAUACAAACAAUCAGAAAUGACCAAAACUGUAUCUUCUUCAGUUAACUUAAGUUGGCCACAAAGCAAAACGAAGAAAAGUUUGGCCUCCAUUUUUUUUAUUGAUUCAAUAACUGUUAUUGUAACAUUUUCAUUUUGGCUUAUAUUUUUGUCGCAUUGGAAAUCAGAUAAAAACGUUAUAACUUUUUCUAAUGAUAGUAAUGAAAGUUUAAAUUACAAAUCAAAUCUAUGUGUUUAUCCUCAACGAACAAUGCAGCUAACAAAUCCAUUUGGUCAUCGAGAUCCCAGUGGAAAGAAUUUAUGUGACGAAGCAAAAAAAAUAUACAUUGACCAACAGUUAAACAAGCUCAAAACAAUCGCUUUAGACUUAUCUAUAGAUUUUGUGAAUGUACACUUAUCCAUACAGUUAACUGCUAUACUCCUCAAAAAUUUCAAAACAAUUUUAGAUUGGUUAUCGUGUAAAUAUAAUGUACAUGUGGUACGUGCACAAGAUGGUUUUUCACGUAAUUACAAAAUCGGUUCAGUCAACUUGAAAUCCAUAGCUAAUUAUAUUAUAAAAAACGCAUUAGUUGAUUUCAAGCCUUAUGAUCCACUAAUUGUACGUCAGAAACGAAAUUCCAGAUAUAAUCAAUCCACAUAUUCUGACUGUAUUCGAAAUACAAUUAACAGUACUAGUAAUUGUAACAAAUUACGAAAUAUGGCAAAAAGUGAUUAUGAAGAAAUGAAAAUACUCAAACCGAAACCAACAAGUUCUACACAAGCUAAAACUUACUGUUAUCCUACACAAUUUAUUAAAGCACUACAUAAUAAUAAUCCGUUACGUUUUCGACAUAACAGAAAUAGUACUGUUUCUGCUACUGCUAUUCCUGGUCUUACAGAUAAUUCCAUUAGUAAAACAGAUUUGAAUGAUGCUGAAUCAAACGCUGAUGAUGCAGAGGAAAAUCCACGAAAAUCUUGUGAAACAUUUGACUUUUUUAAAAUGCCUGAUAUUUAUGAAUUAAAUGUUCAGGCUGCUAAAAGACUAAAAAGUGAAAUUAGUUACCUAAAGUAUAAACGAAAAUGUCAGAUAAGACUAACUGCAUUGAUUAAUAAUUUAUUCAGUUCUGUGUAUACCAAAUCAGAUUUUGCAGCGAAUGCUGUUGAUUCCUCAUCAGAGAAUCAGUUGGAAAAAUCAAGUGAAUAUGUAUUUCAAAAGCUAUUUGGACCAGUAAGUAGAUAUUUACGUCUUACUAAACAACACACUUAUCACACCAGAGGUAUGAUAUUGAAUCGACUUAGAAUUUAUUUACAAUACAAUAUGUCAGCUGAAUCAUUUCUCAGUAUCUACUUUAAUCCACCAAAUGAACUAUUUCACCUACAAUCCUAUCAUCAUCAAUGUAAUAAUAAAGUUAAUAAUCCUAGGAAUAGGAAUAUUAAUCAAAGUUAUAAACACAAAAUAUGUAAAAAUGAUACUAACCUUUUAAAAUUUGCAAAAACAUUCUCAACAGAAAGAAGUGGGAAUAAUACAUUGAAACAAUCAGGUAGAAAUAAAAUAAUUAAAAAUGAGUUUAAUUCAAAUACAAAAGUAUUCCAAACAUGGAAAUUAAGAUUAUGUGAUCCGUUAAUUAAUUAUUCAGUUUAUGAUGGCUUUCGAUUUGAAUUAGUUCGUUCGAAUGUGAGACUAUUUUGUAUUGUUAAACAAUUUUCAAUGCUUCAGUUGGUCAAAGCGAAUUUACCAAUUUGGUGGUCAGGGAUUACAUAUGAGCGUAGUAAUAUUAUGUUGCCACCGUCUACAGUUGAAACGUGCAUUGGAAGUUCAGAGAAUACAGCUGAAAUUAAACUUUAAAUCUGUACAUUUGGUUUUUUUUUGUUUUAACAAGCCAUUUCUGAAAUAUAAUCUUUCUCAGAGUCAUUUCUCUAUUUUGUAAAUACCAAGCACAUCACGUAGAUUACAUUUUCUAUGUUCUUGCAUUCAGAGACAUGAAGAUAAUAUCUGAAAUAGAUCAAAAUAUAAUUUUUUUCAAUUAUUCGCUGUUAUGUUUUCUAUCUUAAUAAAUAUAAAAGAUUGAAAAAAGUAAAAGGUGAAAUAAAAGUUUUAUAAGUUUUCUGCAUUUAGUUUCUUUAAAUAUUUAUUGUUGUAAAAUUAAAACAGUGAAUCAGCCUAAAUAAACAGUGUUACGAUUAUUGAACCCUAACACUAACCAAGUAUGCUACUGGGUGAACUAUUAGACCUGUGACCUUACAACUUCUACUACCGAUCUUUUCUGAAUAUAUCAUCACCAGGUAACUAUAAUCUAUUUUCAUCAUGACAGUUUAUCAGUUACUCGACAAAAACUAUUUUAGCAGUUGUUUGACAAAUAUCGUUUGAAUUAGGUCAUCCAACGCCAACCGUGUUAAAUUAAAUUUGAAGAGGUUUUCAAGUUAUGAGGUAUUUGUUUUCAUAUAAUAAAUUAAAAUUUUAGAAAAUAUUGUCAUAUUUGUUGCUAAAAUAAAGUAGCACUACUUCAAAUUGGAUGUACUACAAUUAUAAAAACAUAUAGUUGGUUUGAUCACAUCAUCACAUUAUAUUAUUGUAUGUUAUGUUAUUGUUAUAUUAAAAUAUAUGAGAUGCGUAUUCUAGAUAAUAUUGUAUUGACUUUUUAAUUGUUAAGUGCUUCUGAUAGCUAAAAGUUCAAGAAUAUAUAUGCUGAACUCUCAUCAGAUGAUUCACUAUCAAAUUAAACAUCAAACUACAAAUCCAUCAAACAACGCUUGAAUAACCUUUACAACUGAUACAUCUUCUCAUAUAAGAGGGUUAGAGAUAAACGUUAGUAACUUACAAAAUAUCAAAAACAUUUUAAACAAUAACUAUUAAAAUAAUAUCAUACAUAAAGUAACUUGUUCAUUUAGAAACGAAACUAAGUACGUUCUAAACAGUUUCGCUUCUUAAACAUGACUUCGGUCUAGUAGUCUCUCUCUAUAUCAGACAAAUAUACUUCAAAGUUUCGAUCAAAUUAAAAUACCAAAAUUAGAAAGUAUACUGAUGUUCUCUGAAAAUUUUAUCCAUCCUACAAAUAAUGUUUCUGACCAUAUAUCAAGUUUAACAGUAGGAAUUCAUUGUUAGUUUGUUUUAAUCGACUGGUAAAGAAAACUAAUGAAAAAGAAAAUAUUGUUUAUUUUUAACCUUGAAUCAAGUGACUGUUAAGUUUAUUAGUAAUAAAGUAUAUUCGUCUACUAGUUGGUUUUUGCUUGAGUACAUUUCUACUGUCAGGCGACUAAACCCUACCUAAAUUUCUUUGUUGAUAAUUUUUAUACCUAGCUUUCAUAAAAUUAACAUAAUUGAUACAAACGUGAAGUUAGAAUAUAAUUUUGAAAUGUAGUGGUAAAUAGUUAGUUAGUCUGAUAAGUAAAUAUUUCCAUGAUCAUUCACGUAACUAGGUGUUAAUAAAUCAAUCGAACAAAUAGUCAAAUUUUAACAUAACUACCGAAUGUACAUGCUCAUUGCAACAUGUACUUAGAGAUAAUCAGUUUUUUAUUUAAAUAUAUUUCAAUGAUACUUGGUAUUUUUGUUUACCAAGGAACUAGAUUACCUCUGCAUUAGAAUAUUCAAGAGAUUUAGAAAUAUAAAACCUAUAAAAUUAUCUGGUUAGCGUUUUCAACAAGCUUCUUUUCUGUGGAAUGUGGUUGCCGACCUAUUCUCUUUUAUCUGAUCUUGUGACUGUCAGUAAUCCUAGAAGGGUUCCAGGCUGUGAUACUUCAGAUCGAUUGCCCAGGAAUCAUCAGCAACAAACUUCUGUGGCAAUCAACAAAUCAGCUUUUUUCUUAAGGGGAAAUUAAGGAAAGACUCUGGAGGUGGAUAGGAUGCACAUUGCGAGAAUCACAAAACUGCAUCAUGAGGUAAGCCCUGACCUGGAAUCUUGAAGGC